AUGGUCCAUCAGCCUCGAAAGCAGCUAAUUGACAAUGCGUGGCAAACCUGUCACAAAGUCCGGGAGUUUUACGCGGACCAAAUAAUACGGGAUAACUAUACAGACUCGGAUCUAAAGCUGCUCAAAAUUGAACGUCUCGACGGCAGCAAAUUGUCCAUGGGCGACUGUUAUAUCAAUCUGGCGAUUGUUCGAAACUCCGUGGAUUUUAAUCAAGCUAGAGAUUCCGAAACCCACUCGCCGUCACCUUUUUCUCUCCUCCGUCGUUUGGAUAUCUGGGAACCACCAGAGUCCGAUCGUGUCAGCUUGGAAACACUUUUUGAUGGUGAGAAAGAUGCAUUAGACAACUCUCUCAGAGAUCCACCUCAGAGAAUUCUUAUUCGUGGCCAAGCCGGCGUGGGCAAGACCACUCUCUGCAAAAAGAUGGUCUAUGACUUCAUCCACAAGGACAUGUGGAAUGGGAUCAUCGAUCGAGUCAUCUGGAUUCCAUUACGCCAGAUCAGGGGUAACCUGGAGUCGGGGCAAUCUAUUCCAAGUAUCCUAAGCGGGCCUCUCCCUGAUGUUGAGAGGGCUGGUAAAGGCACUCUCGGCGAGGCCAUAGAGAGAUCGUUCACAGACAGCCCCAGCAGAACACUUUUUAUUCUUGACGGCUUCGAUGAAGUCCAACGAGAAAUGCAUACUCCCGGUAAUGAACUUCUGCUCAAACUUCUAAACCAACCUCGAGUCAUUAUAACCGCACGUCCACGAGGUGUCAAUCGUGAGCUCUUCCAAAACAUCGACCUGGAGCUCGAAACGACUGGAUUCUUUCCUGAUCAAGUGAAGGAAUAUAUAAGGAAGCAUGCCAACGAUAAAGCAAGCGAAAUUUAUUUCUUCAUCCAGGGCCAUCCUGUAGUAGCCGGUUUAGCGCGAAUUCCGAUCCAGCUUGAUGCCAUUUGCUACAGCAUGAUAGCAGGGAUGUUGGAUGGUAACAGCCCUCCGGAGACAAUGACCGAACUGUACCAUUCCAUAGAGACGUCUCUCUGGAAUAAGGAUGUGGAGCUGUUGGAAAAACAUCGUGAAGGUAGUAAUAAACCGGUUUUAAAGCACGAGGCCCAGGCUUCUUACCCAGACGAUAUCAGAGCUCUUUGCCAAGCCGAGAUCAACGCCCUUCAGGCCCUUUCAUUCACCGGGCUCUAUAAUAAUAUGGUUGAAUUCGAUCCGAAUUUUCUCAUGAAAUUCCAUAACUUGCAGAGUAUCAUUACGAGUAAGCUGCCUGCGGCGAAAAGGCAGCCAUGGUUUACCGACUUGGAUAAGCUCUCUUUCCUUCGCACCUCAGAUGGGCCACUUACACCAACCACCCGAAGCUAUCACUUCCUACACCUGACAUUUCAGGAGUUAUUUGCCGCGCAAUUCUUCAUACAGCAUUGGAGGACAAAUAAAGACCUGUUA